CAUUUAGCUUUCUGUCACUGUGAGCAUGAACCUUUAGGUGAAUGUGAAACAGUUGCGGAGCCUAGCGGAGCAUUAGUUAUCUAUUUAGUUUUCUAUAAACUUUCUAAUAAUAAGACAGAUAUUAUAGACCCACCUGGAAGGUCUGAUGCGAAACAUAGUGAGCAUCUAUCCCCACCUGGGGCACGAAGUGUCCUUUCUCCGAAAGAAGCUUUGCGUUUGAUGCAAAACCCAGCUCCAGUAGGGAAUCCACCUGAAAACCCAACACCAGCUCCCGAUGACGAUCUCAUAUCAUUUAACAAAAACCCAUCGACGCACCAGCCGAGAGAGGCGACCGCGCCGGCACCCGACCCAGAGAUAGGAUCUAGUAAAGAGCGAAAUAAAGCUAUAUUAAUAUACAAAAUUAUAGCAAAUGGUGUAGAAUUUUAUGACGGAAAAAGAAAAUGGUAUGGAGUAAAAGAUGACUUUCAUGCAUUAUAUAACAAAUAUUAUUUUAUUAAAGCAGAUAACGGAGAAACAACUAUAAAAGCAUACAUAAGAAUUAUCGAUGAGUCUGAAGCUAUUUCAAAAAAAACUAAAGGUAAUAUUGAUAUGCGUAAAACAGGAAAUUAUUCUUUAACAACUAUAAAACUUUUCAAUGAAACUACUUUAGCACCUAAAAGAGGUGAGAAAAUAAGUGAACAGGAGAAGGCUUGGAUAGAUUUAGCGACAACAGGCGCUCUAAUAUUUGCAGAAAAAUAUGAAGGAGAAGCUAUUCAAUAUGAUGUAAAUUCGAUGUAUAUAUAUGAAAUGUUAAAGAAAGAAGCUUCAUGGCCUGUUGCAUCAGGUAAGUUUCAUACUAUAGACGUAUCUUUAGUAGAAAAAUGGACUAAAUUUCCAUAUGGAAUUUAUAAAGCAACAAUAGACAGAAAUUCGCCAAAAAAAAGUCUUCAAUGUACAAGAUAUUUGCGAUAUAAUCCACAUGGGAUUUACACGCAUUAUGAUUUAGAGAGUGCUAAAAGAAAUGGUUUAAAAGUAUAUUUGAUAAAUGAAUCACCAAAUGCACUUAUUUAUGAAAGAAAUGUACGUAUAACAGGAAAAGACAUGUUUGGAGAAUGGGGAAAUAUAUUAUAUAAUAUUAAAAAAGAAGGCGGAACAGCUGGAAAAGUAAGUAAAGCAUUAUUAGUUUCAUUAUGGGGUGCCUUAUGUGAGCAAAGGAAUGGGCAAAACUAUGGAACACACCCAAGAAUAAAACCCUUUUUAUUAGCUUCGACUAGAAAAACAAUUUCUGAAAUUGUAAAACCUUUAGGAGAUCAAGUAAAACGAAUUCAUACAGAUGGAUUUAUAGUAGUUGGACGAGUGAAUCUCAAAACAGGUAAAGAAAUAGGUGAGUUAAAACUUGAAAAAAGAGGAAUUUGUACGGUAAAAAAUUGUAUAACAGUUACAUGGAAACCACCUUACCCAGAAAUUCCAAAUUUGAUUACAAAUAGUUUGCCAAAUUUUGAAAAAAUACAACAAGAUAAGGAGCAGAAUACAAAGUUAGCAGUAAAAAGGAAACCACCAAAAAGAUUUGAUAUAAAUCUUCCGAAUGAAAUUAUAAUAGAAAUAUUACAACAUUUACGAACACAAAAUGAUAGCUUAUGUGGUAAUAAUGAAUUAUUGUUUCCA